AACUCAUCUCUGGGUAGAAUACUACGUAUAUUACAUGAUGUAUUAUACCUACCCAACCCUAGGGGUGAGUGAAGUUGGCUUCAUUUUUUUCUCGAGAGGUGUAUGUAUGUACCCUCUCGUACCCAACUCAUCUCUGAUCCUGAUACAAGCAAACGGAAAUGGAAAGGGUAACCAGAACGAAAAACCCCCUCAUUUUGUGCGUAUCAGUGUGUAUUUUCAGACGUGGAUGGACAUAAGUUUGUUGAUAGUUAACGAACCCAAACAGAACUUGAAGAUUUUCAGUUCUUAAGUUACAAGCGUAUUACUUUAUUAAUCCCAAAAAUGCAGAUUUACAUCGUUCUGUUGUGCAUUGCGUUGGUUGCAACCACGGUCGCUAUGAUCGUCUUAUCACCACAUAUCCAGAGCACAGAUGAAAAUGAAAUUGAAGACUCAGGAAAUGGUUGCCAUUGCAAGAAUUACACAUGCACCUGCUGUGAAUAUAUAGAUACACCUGAGAUUGGUAUAAAUGGAACAUUGUGUUUUGUUUGGAGCUACUUACCUGACCAAUAUGGAAUUGCUAUUAUUAUGACAUAUAAUAAUCGCACAUUGUAUAAUGAAACUAUAUCAGCUGAAAAUCCAUUGCCAAUUUGCAUUUAUGAGAUAGAAGACCUUCAUCUCGACCUGUGUUUGAGAUUCUACAACUUGUACAUUAAGUCCCAUUGUUUUACGGGAUGUGUGAAAGUUGAAGUGGGUCUCAUUAUAAUACAUAUUUUCCAUUUGGAUCUUGGGUGUUUCAAGUUAGGUUCAUGCAGUGAUACACACUUUAUUCAGGAUGCAAUAACAAAUGAUAUAGCUACAGUACGAAAAGAAUUGAAAGAUUUAAAAAAGGUACCAAUGGUUGAAAGGAUUUAAGACAAAUUUUACAUUAAAGCAGCUGGAAUGUCUAUGGAUUUGUCCAAGUGUAAUGGUGCUAUCUUUUUAAUUCAGCAAAGCAAUCAGAAGUCUUUUCCACUCUCUGGCACAAUCAUUCUGGAAAAGAUAACAAAUGGGACUUAAAUAACAUUUCACUUAUAUGUAAAUGAAUAUUUUGUACAGACUUCAUUUAUUGAAAAUAAAGUUUUACACGUGCAUAUGA